AUGUCCUCAAAGGAUGCACGUCCCAACUUCCUAGUUAUCGUGGCCGAUGACCUGGGAUUCAGCGAUUGCGGUUGCUACGGCUCUGAGAUUCAAACACCGACAAUUGAUGCAUUGGCAAAAGACGCUGGGGCAAUUCGCUUUACUGAAUACCAUGUCGCUGCUGCUUGCAGUCCAACGCGAUCCAUGUUGAUGACAGGCACAGACCAUCACUUAGCAGGACUAGGACAGCUUUAUGAGUUUACGCGGAGCUCUCCCGCGCACAAGGGGCAGCCGGGCCACGAGGGAUAUCUAAAUCAAAAUGUCGUUGCUCUCCCUGAGCUGCUGUCUGAAGCAGGCUACCUCACCUUGAUGAGUGGGAAGUGGCACCUAGGUAUCAAGCCAGAGCAUCAUCCUAUCCGCCGUGGAUUUCAAAAGAGUCUGGCCUUACUACCGGGCUGUGCUAAUCAUUACGCUUUUGAACCGGAAUAUGAAAACGCACCAACUGAGCCUGGACAGUUUUUUGAGACGGCUACAAGAGCAUUGCAUGUCGAAAACGAUAAAUUCAUCCAAGAAAAGGAUCUCGGGGCUGACUGGUACUCCUCUGACGGGUAUGGAAACAAGAUGCUUGGAUACCUGAGAGACCGGACGGCGGAGGAGAAAGACAAACCAUUCUUCGCCUUUUUGCCAUUCUCUGCUCCUCAUUGGCCACUACAAGCACCGAAGGAGGUUUGCGACAAGUAUCGCGGCCAGUACAAUGAUGGUCCCGAGGCACUUCGCCAGCGUCGGGUUGCGAAGCUAAAAGAACUCGGCCUUGUAAGCCCAGAUGCUGUGCCGCAUAAUGUUGUAACAAGCGAGGGCGAGCCUGCUAAGUGGGAAGACCUUGAUGAUACAACUCGCGCUGCGUCUGCUCGUGCGAUGGAAGUCUAUGCCGGCAUGGUUGACCGCAUGGACUGGAAUAUUGGACGCAUUGUGGAUUACCUUAAGGAGACGGGCGAAUAUGACAACACAUUCAUUCUCUUCAUGAGUGAUAACGGUGCCGAAGGAGCAAGCUAUGAGGCAUUACCACUAGUCAGCACCAGCAUCACAAAUCACAUUUCCAAGUACUACAAUAACUCACUGGAAAACGUCGGGCGAGGAGAUUCUUUUGUCUGGUAUGGUCCACACUGGGCUCAGGCAGCCACGGCUCCAUCGAGAUUAUACAAAAUGUUCUCAACAGAAGGAGGCUGCAGGGUGCCCCUAGUGGUAAAACCCCCCGUCACUGUCUCUGGUUCCAAUCCAGGAAUUGGUGGUACAAUCACGGACGCGUUCUGCACAGUAAUGGACAUUGUGCCGACGGUCCUUGAUCUAGCAAAAGUCGAACAUCCGGGAAUACAAUACAAGGGACGGUCUAUAGCUGGUCUGCGCGGACGUAGCUGGAAGGACUUUCUUUCCGUUUUGUCUGCAGGUAGUGGUAACCGCAAGACGCCAAUCCACCAGUCAGACUAUGUGGCAGGCUUUGAAAUUGCUGGAUCGGGCGCUCUUCGGCGAGGGGACUGGAAGAUCACAUUUGUCCCCGAACCCAAAGGACCGCAGCGGUGGGAGCUAUUUAACAUCAAAUCGGACCCCGGUGAAACAAAUGAUCUUCGUGAGAAGGAACCAGACAUUUUCCAAGAGAUGAUAGCCUUGUGGGAGAAUUACAGGAAAGAGGUCGGAGUUGUAGGACUGGCGGGUGAGUUUCCACGCGCUAUUCAAGGAGCACAAAAACCGACCCUGCAGGAUGAAAUGGAGGAUCCCUAUGCUUGGAUCAAAUAUAUUGGCCGUCCAGAGAUUACUCCCAAAGAAAUUGUUCCUAUUCUCCCCCAAGUGAAUUAG